AUGACGAUGUACCAAUUCUUGAGGAAGAGCGUCCAUCAGAAAAAGUACAUUCUCUCCAUGUUUCCCUAUCCUUCCGGAAAUCUUCAUAUGGGACAUGUGAGAGUGUACACCAUUUCGGAUCUACUGGCACGUACUCAUAAAAUGUUGGGCUAUAAUGUCAUUCAUCCGUUCGGGUUUGAUGCUUUCGGAUUGCCUGCAGAGAACGCUGCUAUUGAAAGAGGUAUUUCUCCUGCUGAUUGGACCUACAAGAAUAUUGCCCAUAUGAAGGAACAAAUUAAAGCAUUGGAUUUUGAUUUUGAUUGGGAUAGAGAAGUCAUUACGUGCAAUCCCGAAUAUUACAAGUGGACGCAAUGGUUAUUCCUGCAAUUAUACUCGAAAGGGUUAGCCUAUCAACAAGAGGCUUUAGUAAAUUGGGAUCCUAUUGAUCAGACUGUGCUUGCCAAUGAGCAAGUUGAUAGCCAAGGUCGAUCCUGGCGGUCUGGAGCAUUGGUGGAACGAAAGAAAUUGAGACAAUGGUUUUUCAAAAUUCGUGAAUUUGCACAUGAAUUAUUAACGGAUGCAGACACACUAGAAAAUUGGCCCCUCAAUGUCAGAACCAUGCAAAAGCAAUGGAUUGGAAAAUCUGAGGGAGCAGAAUUUACUUUCAAAACUACAUGUGGAAAUUCAUUGACAGUUUUUACCACACGACCAGACACAAUUUAUGGAGUGACAUAUAUUGCAGUGGCUCCUGAGAAUGACCAACUAAUUUCGAGUAUGGUACCUGAAUCUCGAAAGUCAGAGGUGGAUGCAUUCAUUAAAAGACUCUCAUCUUUGACGAGCGUUAAAAGAAACGAAACAGCUGCCGAUUCUAAAGAGGGAUGCUAUAUUGGAGUUGAUGCCAUACACCCCAUUACCAAAGAGGCUAUUCCAAUCUAUGUUGCGGAUUAUGUUAUUUCUGAUUUUGCUGAAGGAUGUGUGAUGGGAGUGCCUGCACAUGAUUCACGAGAUUUUGAAUUUGCCCAAAAGCACUCAAUUCCAAUCAAACACGUAAUUAAGCCACAAGACAAUCUUGAUGAUGUGGAUGACAAUAAUUCUUGUUAUUCUGACAAGAAUGGUAUUUUAAUUAAUUCUGACAAAUUCAAUGGAAUGAAAAUUGAAGAGGCCACACCAAAAAUUAUUCAGGAUGCAGAGAAAGAGGGUUUCGGUAAGCCAUCCGUACAAUACAGAUUGAGAGACUGGCUUGUGUCGAGACAACGUUACUGGGGCGCUCCAAUCCCAAUUAUUCACUGUCCUCAAUGUGGUCCUGUGCCAGUUCCAGAGAAAGACUUACCAGUUGCUUUACCGACAAAUAUUGAAUUUACUGGCAAAGGCCCGUCUCCUUUAGCAAAAGCAACAGAGUGGAUGAAUGUGAAAUGUCCAUGUGGAAAAGGAGUGGAUUGUACAAGAGAUACCGACACAAUGGACACAUUUGUGGACUCUUCCUGGUAUUUUCACAGGUAUACUGAUGCAAGAAACGACAAGGAGGCUUUCAAUGUGGAAAAGGCCAAUAAGGAAAUGAAUGUUGAUAUUUAUAUUGGUGGUAUUGAACAUGCAAUCCUUCACUUGCUGUACUCUAGAUUUAUUCACAAAUUCCUUCAUCGAGAAGGCUUCAUGAAAGAUCGAGAGCCAUUUAAUACACUCCUGACACAAGGCAUGGUCCAAGGAGAAACAUUUAAGGAUUUGGAGACCAACAAGUAUUACAAGCAAGAAGAAAUGGAACGCAACGAGGAUGGAAUAAUGGUCGACAAAAUAACCAAAAAACCCUUAACGAGCGUUUGGGAAAAGAUGUCAAAAUCAAAAUAUAACGGUGUGGAUCCAGAAGCUGUCACCAAAGAAUUUGGAUCGGACACUGUACGUCUCUACAUUCUUUUCAAAGCUCCUUACGAUAAGGAAUUAAUGUGGGAGCAAAAUCAAAUUUUGGGUCAAGAGAGAUUUUUGGCAAGAAUGGAGAACUUGGUCAAUAAUUUUGCCAUUCUAAAACAGAAUGCUCAGAAGAGUGAAGAGACAUCUUCAUCCGAUGAAGAAUUCAAAUUCCUUAAAGAAAUUUACACAUUGAUCGAACAGAUAAGAGAAGGCAUUACCUCCCGUUUCACAUUCAAUGUUUGUGUGUCAAACCUCCACAAGUAUGGAAUCGCUCUGCAAGAAUAUGAAGAAAAGAUUGGCAACACUAAAUCAUACGAGGAUGCCAUGCUCUUGCUCCCCUCUGUGAUGGCACCCUUCACACCUCGAUUUGCCGAGAAGGCUUUCAAAAUUGUGACCGCUCACUUACCCUCGACACAUCCUCUUAAACAAGUCACAAGUGUCCAUGAAACAGCUUUCCCUAAUGUUUCACCCAGUAAUAUUCAACUCGAAAAGAAGACUCAACUUUGUGUGAUUCAAGUGAAUGGAAAGAGAAAGGAUGAGAUCCAGUUACCCAUUUCACUUUUGCAAAUCGACAAUUCGAGUGAAAGACAAUCAGAAAUUGAGUCCUUCCUUUCACAACAAUCCAAAGCUGUAAUGAAACUCUCUCAAACCUCCAUUAAGAAGGUCAUUCACGUCGAUAAGAUGAAACAUCAAUACGUUAUAAAUUACAUUGUCUCCACUGACGAGUAA